AUGACCAAUUCAGAGAAAGCCUCUGCCUUUGCCUCCUUCAAUGAUGACAAGUCAAAUGUCAAGGUACUGCUUCUUAACACCAUGGUUGGUGCAGCUGGCCUCAACCUUCAUGGUUGCUGCCAUUUCGGCAUUCAAGUUCAGAUGCCUUGGAGUUAUGGCAGCUCUGGCCAGUAUCUUGGUCGCCUAGUCCGCCUGAAGCAGUCACAGGAGGUCACCUGGGUGAUGCUUCGCGUCAACGACACCGUCUACGAUUUUGUCGAGCACAAGGCGUGUCAGAAGGAGGCACAGGCGUUUUCUGCCUACCUCACAAUCCCAAAGGCGCUCGACAAGCCUAUCUUCCGGAAGCUACUCAGCUAUGAGGUCCUUCGAGCUGUUUGGAGCCAACCUUUCAAUCGGAUUGCCUGGGAGGUCAUAGGCAUCACCGAGAUACAGGAUUUCAACUCGAAGUUCAUGCGCGCAUGUGGAUACUUCUACCACCACCUGGCCCUGCUGUUACUCCGCGAGGUGGGCUCUGCCGACGAGGAUGCGGAUGAUUCCGAUGAGGAUGCAGAUGAUGGCGACGAUGACAAGACCGGUACCAGAAAGGAUUUGAAUGACAAGCUGGAGAAGCUGGAGAAGGUCUUUGCUGCGCUCCCUACCUUCUGGUGCAGGAAGCUCUGUCGGCAGCCCGAAAACCCCGAGGCCAGUGAGCUUCCCGAUGCUCUAUCCUGGGACAUGGUGGACAGGCUGUUGCUGGACUGCGAGGAACAGCCGGACGUACUGAGCGCGCUGAAUGCUGCGGCGCCAACUACCGAAUUCGGUAGCUUGCAGAAUCGGAAGACAUACAUGUCCAACGUCAUGGAGCAUGAUAAUGAGAGCCUCGGGAGCUCGGCUGGAAAGAAGCGCAAGAGGAACACAUCGGACAAUACACCCUCCAAGCGCCGCACUCCUCGCUCUGACCCCGUCGCGGUCGACUCUGAGGAUGAUGAUGAUUGA